CUUGCAAGCAUGCACUUGAUAAGGCGUGCUGAAUGUAACAGCGUGAAACCUAAUCAGUUUUGUAUUAACUGCGGAAGAUUGAUCUAUUCACUUGUUAAUGAUCUGACUGAAACCGGAAGAUGAACUGGGGACAACUGCACCUUAUCCUGGGAGGUGUCAACAGGCACUCUACCAGCAUCGGGAAAAUCUGGCUCUCCGUAAUCUUCGUUUUCCGAAUCAUGAUCCUUGUGGUGGCGGCGGAGAGUGUUUGGGGCGAUGAGCAGUCGGACUUUAUCUGUAACACGCUGCAGCCUGGCUGCAAGAACGUGUGCUACGACCAGUUCUUCCCAAUGUCUCACAUCAGGCUAUGGUGCCUCCAGGUCAUCUUCAUCUCUACCCCUGCCCUCUUGGUCUCCCUACAUGUUGCAUACAAACAGCACGAAGAGAAGAAAUGCUUGGAAAAACGGCGGGGCUUAUUGAAGAGGGAGGAAAUCGAUGCCUUGAGGAAACAGAAAAUGCGGAUCGUCGGUGCUUUUUGGUGGACCUAUGUCAUCAGCAUCAUCUUCCGAAUCAUCUUUGAAAUCGUUUUCACCUACAUGCUGUACUUCCUGUACGACGGCUUUCAGAUGGCCCGACUGGUGAAGUGUAGCGCCUCCCCCUGCCCCAAUAUCGUGGACUGUUUUAUUUCCAGACCCACUGAGAAGACGGUGUUCAUCAUUUUCAUGACCGUAGUUUCUGGGGUCUGCGCGCUGUUAAACGUGGCCGAAUUGUUUUAUCUGUUGGUGAAGGCUUGCGUAAGGCAAUCGUGUCGGAGGCAUCACCCCAACCACCCCUCCAGGAGCGCGGAGAACCAACAGAACGAAAUGAAUGAGCUUUUGUCCAUCGAUGCCAAACACGAGAAAGUGGCCUUGGAGCUGAAAACCUCGUGAAUGCGCUGAAUAAGCUCGUCAUGGUCAGUGUUAACACCGUGACCCGUGUCGGAUGAUCCAAACAUGAAUGUAAUGUGAAAAUUGUGACGAUAACUUGGGUAAAUGAAAUGAACCACUUUCAAGUUUAAUAUUGCCCCUUCUAUAUGUUUCUAGUACUUGGACGUUUUUAAAUACCAGGCAGUUACUCCAAGCGCACAACUUGCACUAAUUUGACCACAUUUACCAAUGUUGUAUUCACAAGCGAUGUUCGAGGUAUUAAAUACACGAUCAGUGGUGGACCGUGAAACUGGC